AUGAGCAGCCAGCCACACCAGGAUCGGUUGCCACAGCCAUACCAUCUGGCACCAGCAGAGCAAACAGGAUUAGACGAGCAAUUCCAGAAGAUGCUGUCUCUAAGAGCCAUAGAGAGAGCACCGCAAGAGCCAGGGAUGGAGUAUCUGAGCCAGCACUUUGUCAUCCCAAAGUCCGACGGUCGUUGGCGGGCUGUAUUCAAUCUGAAAGCCCUCAACCAGCAUGUAUGGACAGAGCAUUUCAAGAUGGAGUCACUCCAUCAUGCCGCCGAUCUUCUCCAGCAAGGUUACUUCAUGUGCAAGCUGGACCUCAAGGAUGCGUUCCAUUCUGUCCGCAUCCACCCGUACAGCCGAAGAUGGCUCCGUUUUCGCUGGCGGGAAGAGACAUGGCAAUACCGAUGCUUGCCGUUCGGGCUCUCGGAUGCCCCCCGCACUUUCACCAAGAUCCUGGCACCGGUGGCAGCAUUUCUCAGAUCUCUGGGAAUCCUCCUAGUGGUGUAUCUGGACGACUGGUUGUUCAUAGCUGCCACAGCAGAGGCAGCCAAGCAAUCGGUGAACGCAGCAGCAUUUCUGUUGGAGCACCUGGGCUUCAUCAUCUCCAGGGACAAAUCGAUCCUGACGCCAGUGCAAUCUCUGGAGUUCCUCGGCAUAACAGUCAACUCGCUGUCCAUGGAGUUUCAUCUUCCAGAUCGGAAGUACGAGGGCAUACGCAAGGACUGUCGCCAAAUGCUGAACAAAGGCACUGCCAGCCUCUCGGCACUACGGCAUUUGCUAGGGAAAAUGCAAGACGCGACAAAGGCGGUACCACUAGCGCAAGCGAGGUCCCGGAUGUUGCAGUUUGUUCAGAACCAGAUAACGGACGAACAGGAGAUCAUUGCCUUACUGGACGAUGCCCAAGACGACCUCUCAUGGUGGAUUCACCUGACUCCAGCACAACGGUGCAGGCCAGUUCAGAUCGCACCGCCCUCCCUGACUCUGACCACCGACGCAUCCAACCAUGGUUGGGGUGCGACGUGCAACGGCCAAGUCACAGGCGGCCCUUGGACAAUCCACGACGAUCGGCACAUCAACUGGAAAGAGUUGAAAGCGGUCUUUCUGGGGCUGAAGACGCUGUGUCCCGACCUGACAGAUCUAACGCUCCGUCUGGAGAUCGACAACACCACGGCCGUAGCGUAUAUCAAUCGGCAAGGGGGCACACACUCGUUCCUGGUGUGCCAGUUGGCGAGGGAGAUCUGGGAUUGGGCGUAUGCUCGUCGGCUGUUCCUGGUUGCAGUGCAUGUGCCGGGUGCCAGCAACACGACCGCAGAUUACCUCUCCCGUCAUCUACUGGUGGACAGCAGCGAUUGGAAGCUGGACAGCGACCUGUUUCACUUGAUUGUGACGCACGAGGGUCUACUUCUCUGCGAUUUGUUCGCAUCGAGACACAACAGCCAACUUCCCCAGUAUGUCAGCUGGUAUCCGGACCCGGACGCAGUAGCAGUGGAUGCGCUUUCGCUGCCCAGCCACAUGUGGGAGGACGGCUAUCUCUUUCCCCCGAUAGCAUUAGUCAGCCGUUGUCUCCAGUUCAUCCAGUACCACCAAAUUGCCAAUGCCGUACUAGUAGCACCAGCAUGGAAGGGUCAGGCGUAUUAUCCUCAGCUGUUGUCCAUGUUACGGAGCCACCCGUGGCGGCUGCCGGAGAUACAGGAUCCCGUGUUGGGUCCAUUCGGCGAAUCACAUCCGAUGGAAGCCAACCGGCUGCAACUAGCCGUCUGGCCACUAUCCGGGAGGCCGCACGAAGUCGCGGCCUUUCAGCACACGCUUCCCGUCUAUGGGUUUCAUCGUGGCGCUCAUCAACCCAGUCCAGCUACGAGUCGGCCUGGAACAUCUGGAUUCGCUGGUGUCCGCGGGAAUCGCUUGAUCCCUUGGAAGCUGAUGAAGUGCGGGUAG